CCUAGUUAGCGGUCCGGUUUAGCGCCGAUCGCUUGCACUGACAUAGCGCUCGGCUUGUUAAUGGGCUUUCUUUGGCCAGUUUCAUAGCACAGCUGUUCCGUUCCAUCUCACUGGCUAGAUCUAAAAAAUGGAAAUUGGAAAUGACGAUUUCAAUGCGUAUCGUGCGAUGUGCGCUAAUCGACUGAGACGUUUGGAACGUUACAAGAAGGCUCGUAGUUUCUGCAACAUCGACGACGAAGGCACUUCUGAAGCGAAAACACCCGAUUUUCCCAGCUCAGCUCCACCAUAUUGCGAUGACACAACGACAACCAAAGCCGAUCAUUUUUUUGCUGCCUCGUCUCGCAAUGGCCCAGCAGCUUUCGAAAUGAUUCGAGAAAAAAUGCUCUCUUUAAUGGAGAACGAUAUGACCCUCCUACAACAACUGCUUACGUUGGGUGACCAAAUUACGGAAAUGAAAAAGAUGAAGGAACAAAGUUUGAGAAAAUGUCAGAGUCACACUAGUUUGGAUGACGAUGAUGAUUCGGAGGAUCAGUUUGAAGAUGGAUUUUCUGCAUCAAUGUCUGCAGUCACGACCUUUUGUGUAGGAGAGAAUCAACCACAGUAUUUUUCAAGACAAAAUAGCGUGCUGAGGAUUCCGAUCCCACCAAGGAGCAGUAAUAGAUUUGGACAUAAAAGAAUUCUUCGUCGCCCGUCCGAACUAAUCCGAACGGCUCCAAACUUCUUUCACGAACCACCUGCGGAAGUUCCCGAAGUUCCCUCCGGGAACGUCCCACUUUCCCAUAUCGUUCCUCCUCCUGUAAUUGAGACAGGAGUUGGCAAUAUAGACCGUAGCACUCUCGACCCCUCCAAUUACAUCAUCAAAAAUCGUUCUUCAAAUUCCUCCAUCGAUUCCGGGAUCCGCGAAUCUAGCCCAUCCUCUUCUCCUUCCCCUACUCCCUACGAGAAAGAAGUAAUCUAAUCAGAAUUUUGCCCCCUCUUUCCCAAUUUCUUUCAAAAUUUUCUAUGCCUCUCAUACCGGACCGUUCACCAAUUAUGAACAAGAUAUUAUUUUUUUUCAUCUGUGUAUUUUUUUGAUCUACAUGAGGAAUGUGUACGCGUUUCAACAUUUACUCCGAUUCUUUACUGAUACCGGUAUUUGUCUCGCCUCGCGACUCAUGGAGUCUUUUUGUAAAGAAAAAUAAUUUUGUGUGUGUGUGAAUUUAUCAUCGCGCCAGUAGCUAGAUCUACUCUAUUUGCAGAUCAAUUUUUGUUGAUCAUCAUAGUUAUUUUUUGUGCUUGUUAUGUGUGUGGUGUGCAUGUAUGAAGUUUUAUUGAUUGAUUUUCGUAGUAAAAUAUGAAUAGGAA